CACAUCUUCCACCACUUAUAACCUUAUUCUAACCCGUGUUUACAUUAUUAUCACUAUAUUCUUUAACUAGUUCACAUUAUUAUUAGUUAUUUCAUUAAAUAUUUUAAGCAUUCUUUACUAUAUUCUUCAUUUUUAUUAAAUAUCGUUAAUUUAAUUGUUAAGAAUUUUGUCGGAAUAUUCAUAAAAUUGUAUAUAAAAAGUGAAAGGAGUGAACAUUUUAUUGUGAGUUAAUAAACGGACGCCAAAUGUUUACUUUAAAUAAUGUAUGAGUCCUAUGAAGUGAUGUGAAGAAAAACAUUGCAUUGGAUUCUGUUAUACGCUAUUCAUUCAUAUUAUUUCAAUUGUUUCUAAAAAUAACAUUCACUACAGAUUGAUAUAUUGCUAACAUUACGCGAAGAAAGUGCUAAAAGCAAUUAAAAAGCUCACAAUGGAUGACUUGAGACUAUCGGAAAUGGCUUAUCUCAAUAUUCCCGAUCGGGAUAGAGAUAAGAGUCCAUCUCCAGCCGACUCUAUGGCUUCUUCUGCCACAGAUCUUUCAACAUUACCCAUGAAUUUAGGACAACGAAGGGAUGAAUCGACCGGUUUAAACAGUCAUUUAGUGUUUGCGAUAUCGGCGGCGGCAUUGGGCUCAUCCUUCCAACACGGAUACAAUACGGGUGUUGUGAACGCACCGCAAGAAUUAGUACAAAAGUUCAUCUCCGAGGCUCACACCGAGAGGUUUCAUGACUUGAGUUUGAAUAUUACAUCCAAUACAACAUCAAGCGAUGUGAGCGGCGAUGCGGUCACUGUUAACCUAAUCUACUCUAUUAUGGUCUCAAUCUUCUGCAUCGGAGGAAUGAUUGGCGCUCUUCUCACCGGUUAUGUCGCCGAAAAGUUUGGACGAAAAGGCGGUCUUCUCUGGAAUAACGUGUUUGUGUUUCUGGCGGCAGGACUUAUGGGCUUCUCGAAGAUGUGCCGCUCCUAUGAAAUGCUAAUAAUGGGCCGAUUCUUCAUUGGCUUUAACGCAGGUUUGAACGCUGGUUUGGCGCCAAUGUAUUUGACGGAAAUAUCACCGACACAUUUGAGAGGUGCCAUCGGAACCAUAUAUCAGUUGGUUAUCACAAUCUCUAUCCUCACGUCAAAUAUUUUGGGUUUACCUCAGAUAUUGGGAACUGCAGACAAAUGGCCCAUACUUUUUGCACUGACUUGGCUGAGGGGCACAAUUGAAGUGCACGACGAAAUGGAUGACAUGAGGGCUGAAUACGAAUCGAUGAAACUGUUUUAG